AGACGGAGAGGGAGAGGGAGAGGUGGCUGCCAAGGGCGUCUACAAGCCGCCGAAGCUUCUGGCUGUCGAGUACACGGGCGACCACGUACGUGCAGUGCACACACACAGCAUAAGCACGCAGUGGCUGACUAUUGUCCACCUCUCAUGUGCCAUGGCUAGCUGCCAAGGCGCAUCGCGAGGCGGAGAGGCAGAGGGAGACUGUGGCUAUUCUACGAGACCGCUAGACGGGGAGGGAGGUCGUCCUCGUCGGCACAGCACAUAUCUCGACCGUCAGGUGCCUGCCUACACCCACCCACUCGAUCAGCUCGGCCUCAUACCUGUCUGUCUGUCUGUCUGUCUGUGAUCCGUUCGUGUGUCAGUGCCAAUCUGGUCAAGAGCAUUAUCGAUGAGACGAGGCCGACGGCUGUGUUCAUCGAGCUUGACAAGAGCAGGUUCCGACUGCCAGACGGCAACGACGCCGCCCCACAAGUCGGGGUGAGCAUCGAUUGACACACAGACAGACAGACAGACAUGAAUGAUGUGUGCGCUCGGCAAAGACUCAGCAGCAUCAGGCAGUGGGUGGGACGCAGGAGCCAUGACAGAUCUCGACGAGGGCGGCUCGGACAGGGUCGUAUCCAUCAUCUUUUGCGCAAAGAGGAAAGGAAGGCGAAAGGAAUUAAUUAGUAGGUUGUCGUAAAUUUUAGUAGGUUGUCCGUAAAUUUUAGGGUUGCAGAAAGACUACUUUGUAGUAAACAGAGGGGCGGAAAUGGUCCUCUGCGAGUUCCGGCUCCUCUGCGUGUUCGCCAUCGCCGUUUGGCCCUGCCUUUGUUCUCCCCUGGCAUCUCUGCGGCUGACGCGUCUGCUCACAUCUCUGCGGAAUCGUGUGUCGGCGGAGUGGAUCAGAGAAGGGACUUUGUUUGAGCAGUUCGCAGCAUUCUGCAGACAAGGUGGGCAAACAAGAUGGAUGCACGGCCGUCAGAGCCCGUGUCUGUUGGCCUCAGGUGAGGGCGAUGCAGACAAGCGGGAUCUGCUAGGCAAAGUUUGCCGCCUGAAGUCUCUCGAGUGGGACAGGCGGCAGACGCUACGCAGCCACGAAAUGAACGUCAUCAACGUGGCCAUCGCAGUGAUGGUACGAGAACGAAUGCUACGCACAUAGAUGCACGGUGGCAGCUGGUGUGUGCAGCAAUCGGACAAGCUGGAUGCGGCUCUCAAGGACGACAGUGUGCUGGCCCUCCGGCGAGACUCGCAACGGGGCAUCGAGGUGCGAUCAUCAUGGCAGCUAUCCUUAUGCACACUCUACCGCUUCAUUACACCAUUGAUGGCCGGCGUGGCUUGCCUCAGGCUUGGCAACACAGCCACGAGGGCCUUGUGGCGCUGCUCGCCGACCAUGCACGUGAAGAAAAAUUCAGUGAGGGCCCCUGGGCAGAGAAGGCGAAAGAUAAUGCUACUUUGGCGCGUAUGCUCUGUGUCAGGAGGCGGGAAGCAUUCAAUGCCCAGCAAACGGGACCGAAGGAAGAGGGAGGAGGACAUACCGGACGUCACAUAUGUGCCGCACCUGACGACUCCGUGGCCUUCAUCACCAGCAGACAGCCAGGCCGACCUCUCCACCAACCGCACAUACCUAUGCAAGGUGAGAAGGUGGUUGGUAGAACGAGAGAAGGGAUGGAGCGCUGGGGAACGAGAGACUCUCUCUGUUCUGCCCCAUGUCACACGCUCUCACCGUUGCUUACAGCUCGACCGCGCUAAAGCGGAGAGGGAUCUUUCCCAUCUGUCGAAACGCAUCAAUGUACGAAGACCAUACACGGCAGCAGAGGAGUGCAGCAUCUUGUCUGGGUCUCUGUCGGCAUCUUUCACACAGGACACUACCAUAGAGAGGGCUAACCUAACGACACUUACCUCCAACCUGACAGAGGCGGCCGGGGCAGCCAGGGCAAAGCUGCGACGGCUCAAGGACGUACGCCAACGAUGUGGCUCCCCUUUCACUUACGCGUCCACUUGCAGAUCUUUGAGCGCUGGGAGGCCAACUAUGUGGAGCAGAGGUCUGCACUGCGCACACGCAAGAGCAUUCAGGUAAGCCAGCAGGGAGGAAUCUUCCUACCUCCCACGGUGUUGUGUUGUCCGUGUGUCAUUAGUCAUUGGGACGGCAGGCGCUAGAGGCGGUCGGGAGUCUCCUUGGUCUCUUCUACGCCAGACGGACGUCCGUCGAGACGGGCGAAAGGGCAAUCGAUAAUGUCAACCUCACACAAGUCAGCCGUAGAUACAGACAGGACAGGCAGCAACGGACAGACAGACAGAACAGCCGAAUACAGCUCCACUAAUGUGUUGUCCUCUCUGCAGCGUUUCGUGUCUGCGUACCCAGAUGCGCCAGACCCAGGGUGGCACUCGGGAGGCUUCCUGAUCUACCAGCAUGACAAAGCCCAGUCGCUCGCUGACCUGCUGAGUCUGUGGGCGUCAUACGUGCAGCUUAUCGUCGACCAGCUCGACGACACGCAGCAGAAGGUGUCCCAGGAGUACCAGAGCAUCAAGGCCGAAAGCAUUGCCGCACAGAGGCAGACGGAGGUGCAGGUAGGUAGGUAGGCGGGCGACAGGCUGCCGUGGGUGCAUUGCAUUGGGGGUGCAGACAUGUGCACGGAUGUGUGCAGCUGAGAGACAUGGCGGAGGAAAUACGGGAGAAGCAAGAGGAGACUGCUCACAUUGAGGUCAGCCAUCACUUGUCGCCCCCAAUGUGCAUCGAUCUAUCGCAUUGGGUGUGGACGCGUUUGCGUGAUCGCAGGGCGAAUUACGUGAGCUGCAGACAGAGCAGCAGGCCGUCGGCGACGGCCUGAUUCGCAUCAUACUCGUACGGCAAUGGAAAGAGCCUGCAUCAUUUGCAUGUGUUCUUGUGAGUUAACACACAAGCCUGUGUGUCCCGGUGGCAGGAAUGCGGUGAUGUUUUUCCCGAGGAGGCCGCCCGAGUGGCUGCUGCCGGCAGAGGGCCGUCCGACGGUCCAUUUCCGCAGCAACCGCGUGCAGACACGGAUGAGCCGGGCAGCGAGGCAGGAGGUGUAGAGAUCAUCCACAAUGUCGAUGCGCUGUGA